AUCCUCACAUCUCUCUCUUCUCACUUUCGUUUCGUCUCUCUUGAAGGAAAGAAGAAGAAAAAAGAGUAUCCAAGUUCCAAGUUAACACAAGAAGUAAACAUGGGUCCUGUUGGGUUCUUAGUCAUGGCUUUGAUAGGAGUUAUGACUUCUUCUGUGAGCGGCUAUGGAGGCGGUUGGGUCAAUGCACACGCCACGUUCUAUGGCGGUGGGGAUGCUUCCGGCACAAUGGGUGGUGCUUGUGGAUACGGCAACCUAUAUAGCCAAGGCUACGGGACAAACACGGCAGCUUUGAGCACGGCUCUGUUCAACAACGGACUUAGCUGCGGUUCUUGCUUUGAGAUAAGAUGUGAAAACGAUGGUAAAUGGUGUCUCCCUGGAUCAAUCGUUGUAACCGCUACAAACUUUUGCCCGCCCAACAACGCCUUACCUAACAAUAAUGGUGGUUGGUGUAAUCCUCCUCUUCAACACUUUGAUCUUGCUCAACCUGUGUUUCAACGCAUUGCUCAAUACAGAGCUGGAAUCGUCCCUGUUUCCUACAGAAGGGUUCCGUGUAUGAGAAGGGGAGGAAUUAGGUUUACUAUAAACGGACACUCAUACUUCAACCUCGUUCUGAUCACAAACGUUGGCGGCGCCGGAGACGUUCACUCGGCGGCGAUCAAGGGUUCAAGAACAGGGUGGCAAGCUAUGUCAAGAAACUGGGGGCAAAACUGGCAAAGCAACUCUUACCUCAACGGUCAAGCGCUUUCUUUCAAAGUCACUACCAGCGACGGCCGUACCGUCGUCUCAAACAACGCCGCUCCUUCUGGCUGGUCCUUCGGCCAGACAUUCACCGGUGGACAGUUCCGCUAAAAGGAGCAGUUUGGUCAUUCUCUUCUCUAUUUUUAUAACUAAAAAGUAAACUUGUUUGUGUGGGUGUGUAGAGGCAUAUUGAUAAAUGGGUUAUUGCUGAGAGAGUGAUGCGUCGAGGGCUCGGUUUUGCAGAAGGCCUUGAUGUCAUCUAAUCUUUUUGAACCUCUUUAUUUUUUCUUUCUUGAAAUGUUUUUUUAUAGAAAGAAACACAUAAGUAGCUAUUGUAUUAAUGAUGCAGAGGUGGAGUUUUAACUACCACCCGCUAGUAGUAAUGCGUGUCCUCCUAUCUAUAUUAUUAAAAGAGAAGU